UUUAAUAAAAUCAGCAUGCUUCUGUCAAAGCACAAGAAGCUGAAUAAGACUGAGUUGGAUAACUGGGAGAAUAUCAGAGGACCCCGUCUGGGGGAAGAUUCUAGGACUCUUCAGAAGCAACAGCGGGAAGCUCUCCGUUUCAAGACACAGUGA